AUGAUUAACGGGUUUCUUCCAAGUUACACCAGUUGGAUUUUUCAUGGGGAGAAUUUGUCAUCGCCUGUGCCACACAAUGUGAAUGUCGGGCAAACUGAUUCGAAUGAUGGUGAUGAAACUUAUGAAAUGCUAUACGAAGGAUUUGGACUUCCUCCACCAAGCUUUAUUCACGAGGCAGCAAGUUCUGGUAUUAAACAAGGUCCAACUGAGAAAAUCGAAAAAUUCUUCAAUUUACUGAAAGAGGCCGAAAGAGAGUUGUAUCCUGAGUGUCAGAAGUUUUCAACGCUCUCAUUUAUUGUUCAAUUAUUGCACAUCAAGUGCCUUAGUGGAUGGAGUGACAAGUCUUUCACAAUGUUGCUUGAGCUUUUGAAGGAUUUGUUCCCAAAGGGUGAAACUUUGCCAAAGUCAUUUUAUGCAACUAGGAAACUUCUUAGGGACUUGGGCCUCGAUUAUCAUAAGGUAUAUGCAUGCCCAAGGGAUUGUUCACUAUAUUGGAAGGAAACAGCUGAGGGCCGAAUUGAUGACGGCAAAAUGAGACAUCCCGCUGACUCUCCAGUUUGGAAAAAUUUUGAUAAUUUGUAUCCCAAGUUUACGAGUGAGCCGUGCAAUGUUAGACUGGGUUUAGCAGCGGAUGGAUUCAAUCCAUUCAAGGCAAUGAAUGUCUCUCAUAGCAGUUGGCCAGUUAUUAUAAUGCCAUACAAUUUGCCACCAUGGUUGUGCAUGAAGCAGCCUCAUAUGAUGAUGACAUUGCUCAUCGAUGGUCCUUCUUCACCUGGAUAUAGUAUUGACGUCUACUUACGCCUUGUAGUGGAUGAAUUGAAAGAACUGUGGGAAAAUGGUGUUGACACGUAUGAUGCGGAAACUAAUCAGAUGUUCCGAAUGCAUGCUGUGUUAUUGUGGACUAUAAAUGAUUUUCCUGCCUAUGAAAUUUUGUCUGGAUGGAGCACGAAAGGCGCUUUAGCUUGUCCUUGUUGUAACACACAUACUCGUUCUCGAUAUUUAAAGAACGGAAGGAAAUUAUGUUACAUGGGGCAUUGUCGCUGGUUAAAUGGGGGUCACAAAUUUCGGAAAGCUAGUGCGUCUUUUGAUGGCACUCAUGAAUUCGAACCAUGUCCAACUCGGUUAUCAGGGGCUAAUGUGCUACAACAACUAGGCCCUAAGUUCAAAUUGAAUUCUAAGCGUCAACAAUCUAGCAAACGGAAUAAAAAGGGGAAAGAAAAGGAGGAAAAUGAGGACUCGGGUCAUAAUUGGAAGAAGAAGAGUAUUUUCUUUGAGCUAUCAUAUUGGGAGCAUAAUUUGAUUCGCCACAAUCUUGAUGUGAUGCACAUUGAAAAUAACGUGUGUGAUAAUGUAUUGUGGAUGAUAUUAAAUGUUGAUGGGAAAGGGAAGGACAAUUUAAAUACUCGUCAAGAUUUGCAAGAUAUGGGAAUUCGGAAGGCACUACAUCCUCAGAAAAGGGUUGGGAACAAGUAUUAUUUGCCUCCUGCAUGUUUUGCCAUGAACAAUAGAGAGAAAAGUCUAUUCUGCACACUUCUAAAGAAUAUCAAAGUUCCAGAUGGUUAA